GCGGAGACCAUUUCCUCCAGCAGCAGGCCCUAGCUGCACAAACACACACACACACAAACACACAGUCACACGCUCACACACAGAUGCAGACAACCGGACGACCGUCGAAGCGAAGCCACGUCUGGGGUUGUGUUCUCUCCCCGCUGCCCGAGCUGGAUGCGCCCGCAGCGCCUGAUGGGCCUUCGCCGCUAGUCUCCAGCCUCAUCUGCCCGCUGCUGCCCGCUGCUCGCCGCUGCUCUCCGGCUCUGAUGGUACGAGUUGAACAGUGACCGCUUCCUGCCUGAGGAAACCUGCUGCAGAACUCCCUUCAUCAUGUCUGGGAUUCACGCACCAUGGUCGACUGGCGCAGAGUGUGUAGCCAAAUACAACUUCCAGACUGCCAACGAACAGGACCUGCCCUUCUGUAAAGGAGACGUACUGACCAUCAUCGGAGUCACCAGGGAUCCAAACUGGUACAGAGCGAGGAACACGUCGGGCAGAGAGGGCACCAUCCCAGCCAACUAUGUCCAGAAAAGGGAAGGAGUCAAGUCAGGAGGCAAACUCAGUCUUAUGCCCUGGUUUCAUGGGAAGAUAACUCGGGAGCAGGCCGAGCGGCUCCUCUACCCUCCGGAGACGGGCUUGUACUUGGUGAGGGAGAGUACCAACUACCCCGGCGAUUACACCCUGUGCGUCAGCUGUGAUGGCAAAGUGGAGCACUACCGCAUCAUCUACCACAACGGCAAGCUCACCAUCGACGAGGAGGAGUACUUUGAGAACCUCAUGCAGCUGGUGGAGCAUUACACCAAAGAUGCCGAUGGCCUUUGCACCAGGCUGAUUAAACCCAAGUUGAUGGAGGGAACAGUGGCAGCGCAGGACGAGUUCUCCAGGAGCGGCUGGGCCUUGAACAGAAAGGAGCUGAAACUGAUCCAGACCAUCGGCAAAGGGGAGUUUGGAGAUGUGAUGGUGGGAGACUACAGAGGGACCAAGGUGGCGGUCAAGUGUAUCAAGAAUGAUGCCACAGCGCAGGCUUUCAUCGCUGAGGCGUCUGUCAUGACGCAACUGAGGCACAACAACCUGGUGCAGUUGCUGGGGGUAAUUGUCGAGGAGAGGGGCAGUCUCUACAUCGUCACAGAGUACAUGGCGAGGGGCAGCCUAGUGGACUACCUGCGCUCUCGAGGACGGACCGUGCUCGGCGGAGACUGCUUACUCAAGUUCUCACUUGACGUGUGUGACGCCAUGGAAUACCUGGAGGCCAACAACUUCGUCCACAGAGACCUGGCAGCUCGUAACGUGCUGGUGUCCGACGACAACAUCGCCAAGGUCAGCGACUUCGGCCUCACCAAGGAGGCCUCCUCCAUUCAGGACACUGCCAAGCUGCCUGUCAAGUGGACCUCCCCCGAAGCACUUAGAGAGAAGAGGUUUUCCACCAAGUCGGACGUGUGGAGUUACGGGAUCCUGCUUUGGGAGAUCUACUCGUUUGGGCGUGUGCCUUACCCUAGAAUUCCGCUGAAGGAGGUGGUGCCCCGGGUGGAGAAGGGCUACAAGAUGGACGCCCCGGACGGCUGCCCGCCCGUGGUGUACGACCUGAUGAAGCAGUGCUGGACCCUGGACGCCGUGGUGCGGCCCUCCUUCCGCAUGCUGAGGGAGAAGCUGCUGCAUAUCAGAACCAAGGAGCUCUACCUGUGAGGAGGGGGCACGGG